AUGGCUCGUCUAAUGUGUUUUAAGUCAUCAAAGAAGCAUCAGGAGGCAGAUGCUGCCUAUGGAGAUGCGCUCAAGAAUUCUAGCUCAAAUGUCGCACCAUCUAACGGUCGGAUGGUUAAUCGCGGACCUGUAGAAGAAGGUCUAACGUUGUACUAUGUUACUCCGAGAAUAAUCGUUCUAUGCUCUCCCGAUGAGGGAACCGAAAAGGCUUAUGUAGCCUCACUCAAAUCUGUGGCACUCACGUUGAAAACGAAGCAUUUUGAGCAUUACAAGGUCUGGAAUGUGUCACGACCACGUAACGAUCUGUCACGAUGUCUAGCAGCUGAAAAUGUUGGUUGGCCUGCUAGACUGGCGCCACCGCUAGAUCGACUAUGCGCGCUCUGCAAGCAAUUCGAGCAGUGGCUUACGAUUAGUAGCAGUAAUGUGGUUGUUAUCCAUUGCAAGGGAAAUUCUAGUCGAGCAGCGAUAGUGCUGGCGGCUUUCAUGCACUAUAAUGCUAUAUGCAGCAACGAUGAAUUUGUCGAAGAUCGCUAUGAUAUGAAAAAAUUUGCAGACAAACAUAUCGGAGCCAAUGGUCAGCCUAGUCAUAAGAGGUACAUAGUUUACUUCUCCUCGCUUCUUUCUGGAAAGAUUCGUGUGAAUCCAGCCCCGAUCUAUUUACAUCGCAUCGCUGUAUCGCAUAUGAUUGGACGGGUAUUGUCAUUCAAGGUUUACGAACGACUGCAGCCAGUGUAUGAAACAAAGCCAAGUACGUCAAAAGAUGUGCUACGAUUUGACAUCGAGCAAGAGUUGCGAUUACGAGGCGAUGUACUCAUUAAGUGUCACCAAUUAGUUGGAGAAGAACGUGCUUUGCUUUUCUGCUGUCAAAUCAACACGUGUGCUCUAGACGUUCCUUCAAAAGGAAAAACCCUGACGCUGCAUAAAGAGGAACUCGACCACGUAUUCGCAGAUUCGUCAGUUGACAAUCGAGUGGUAUUAGAGCUGAUGAUCAGCCAAGAUCCACCAAAAUCAGCGGCAACGACUUCGAGACAAUCACUCGAAGUUGCUCGCAGUAAUAGCUAUGAAGACUUUGAUAAAGCAGAAGACGAGUCGAACGGUCCUGUUGUAUACAGUGAAAUUCGAAAGCCAAGCAAAGAAUCGAAAACAAACGCAGUGGCAGAGGAAGCUCCCAAGGAAGAAAACUCAGAACAUCCGAGUGAACAACAAACAACCUCCACGGGGUAUCAAAAUCUACAGGAACAAGCGGAAAUGCCUCCUCCGCCGGUGCCACCAAAACCACGUUCGGCCUCAGCUAUGGCCGAACCUGUUACUGAAAUGCCAGAACGACGGGGUGUGCUUCCUGCGCAAGUGCGCCCACUCGUUCAACGACCACCAAGUCCGCGAGACGCUGGACGAGCCACUCCAAGCAUCGAGCCGGAUUUGGUUGGAAAAGACAGGUACGACAAAGCCUCGAAAUGUUUUUCGUACGCGCCUACGAAAGCAUUAAACGAGGCGUUCGAACGUCCCAGAAAGAGUUCGGUGACGAAAAUCGAACGAAGAGUAGAAGAAGAAUUACAAAACAUCGAUCCAAACGAAGUUAGUAAGGCGUACAUACCUCGAUCGGAGCCAGCGCGGAUGCAACUGCCGCCAAAAUGGGACGAUGAAGUUGAACAAGCAAAGCAGGCGGCUCUUCUGGACGAGCUGGCUCGGAUACCGGCUAGGAGUCAAUCGGUUGCUGCGCAACCUUAUUACAUGAGAAACGAUGACACAGAGGAGAAGCCUGUGGUGGUCGAACAGGCCCAGCGAGCCACUCCAACUCCCAGCUCAACUAUCGGUGGAGGUUAUCGUAGGCGGAAACGCGAAACGAAGUAUGGCAGCUAUAGAACACUCAACGAUGACGCCUACAACAGUGAUAUGGACGACCUAUGCGAUCCGGACUUUUACUUAAACUACCAGCCAUCGAACCCUGUGAACAAUAACAACAAAGCUGCUCCAAAACCACCGGAACGAACCCAGCCAGCUUCCACUAAUUCGCAAAACCAUGUCGGAACAAGAAGUGUUCAGUUGCCAAGGAAGAAAUACGCACCAUUGGAAGCAUUCACCGACCCGCUUGACGAUAUUUUGGCAUCGACGGCCCCAAUGUCUGCGACGUCUUGCGUUGACUUACGCGAUCGCGAUGCGCAUCGCAAUCGUAAUUGUAGGAGUAUCGCAGCGUUGACCGGACCAACGAAGACAUACGCGGAACGACGUGAUUCGCCAUAUUUCCGUGACCGACGGCUUUUUGCCGAAGAUUACGAUGCAGUGUCUGAAGCACGAGAUCCAGAUGAUUGGUUGACGCACAAAUUAAGAAAAGUGCAAAGUAAACGUGAAAUCGAUCCCGAUCAAAUGCGACGACGUAAUCAGGAGAAAAUGCUGCUUGAGGAGCUCAAGAACGCCCACGAAAACGAGACAGCAACUAAUGGUGCUCGUGACGAAACGUCAUUUACUGUAGAAGGUGUAGGUACAAAAGAUCCACUUGCUGAAUACCGACGAGAAGAAGAACGUUUGAAAAAUACACACAGUCCAUUUGAAGACAUGCCAAGACGAGGUCGGUUACGUAGUAAGCCACCAACCCCACCGCCGCGAGAGCGCAGCCGAAGUCCAGCUAGAAGUGAAAGAGCUACUCCAAGCAUUGAUAGCUACUCCUAUAGGCAUCACAAUGGCGUACAAGAGUCGUCUGCCCAUGAUUUUUCCAGCUUGGGAAGCAUUGUUUAUGGAAAUGGCUCAUACUCAUCGAAAUCAGAACAGAACAUCCCUAACGGUUACCUACCCUCAUCUGCUUCGACAACACGUCGCGAUUCGCGCGACUCGCGCGGAACGUCGCAUUUCGAACCGCGAUCCGAGUCGCGUACGACGCUUCAGCGGCGUCAGUCCUAUGGUACCGACAGACCACCGUUCCAGUACGCUGAUGCAACGAUUCAGCGUGGAAAUGAGCCGCCAAAGUUUUUCUCUGGGCAGGAACGUGUCGCAGCUGCAAUUUAUCGUGCUGAGACCCCACAACGUGAACUUUAUGCUAGUGGAACUAUUCAUAGAGCCGAAACACCAAAUCGUUACUAUCCGGAAAAUAGCGCUUUUUCUCAACGAAGUGAAACGCCAGCAUUUCCAAUUCUACGAGAAACACCAUUGCCAUUCCAUCCACUUCUUUACGCUCAAAACGGUAGUCGACAAGAUUUGGACACUACAAAUACUACUACGAACUCCAUGAAUUAUAGGUCAGCUUCACCUCGCUCGCAAUAUAUAGGAGGACAACUAAGUCGCCGCUCGUCGUUGGUGUCAGUUGACACCUCCGAAAUCAUUCAUCAUCAUCCGGUUUUCGUCAAGGACACCUCGAAAUAUUGGUAUAAACCGACAAUUUCUCGAGAACAAGCUAUCAACAUGUUGCGAGACAAGGCCCCUGGUACAUUUGUCGUCCGAGAUUCCAACAGUUUUCCCGGAGCAUUCGGAUUAGCCCUAAAAGUCGCCACACCUCCGCCUGGAGUUGCGCCAGGUGAUGGUACUGAACUCGUCCGACACUUCCUUAUCGAGCCGUCGCCAAAAGGAGUAAAACUAAAAGGAUGCAACAAUGAGCCUGUUUUUGGAUCACUGUCAGCUCUCGUUUAUCAACAUUCGAUCACCCCGUUGGCAUUGCCAACAAAGUUACUUCUUCCUGACUAUGAUCCAGCCACCACACCUGAGCAUGUCUCAGCUACCCAAGCUCUUUUGGAGCAAGGAGCAGCCUGCAAUGUCGCCUACAUUGGCAGCAUCGAUUGUGAAUCACUGACCGGUAGUGAAUGUGUUCGAAGAGCUGUGGCACGAACCGUUGAAGAUACACAACGAGGCCUAUCUCGACCUGUUUCUGUUCAUUUCAAGGUGUCCUCCCAAGGCGUAACGCUUACUGAUAACACUCGAAAAGUGUUCUUCCGUCGGCAUUUCCCCGUUAACACUGUGAUUUUUGCCGGUAUGGAUCCUGCGGAUCGAAAAUUCGAUAACUACUGUGUGAUUGGGUAUCACGACGCAUGCGUUAAGAAUGCUCGAUUAUUUGCUAUUGUGGCAAGAAAGCCAUCAUCCAUGGAAAAUGCUUGUCAUGUAUUUGCCGAAUUUGAACCGGAACAGCCAGCAACAGCUGUGGUGAACUUCAUUAAUAAAGUUUUAUUUGCCAAUAGGAGAUCAUGACCGGCUUGAUUGAAUGCUUUGUAAAACAAUAGUGCGAUGUAAUCUUCAAUUUGUUAUCUAUCAGUUGACCUCAAAAAUAAAGGAAACCGUCGAGAUACGGUAGUCUUACGGUAGCAGGAUGUCCUAUUUGUUGUCAUGGAACGAUUUUGUAACAGUAAAAAGCGCACUUUUCUAAGAUUGUUAUCUUUUCGCUGAUUUUCUAAGAAUUCUCGGCACGAUUCAUUGUAAUUAUACUGUAUUUUAUAUAUUUCCUACAUCAAAAAUAUUGCUCAGAACUUCAUUGUCACAACCGCUGCAUUUGUUUGUACUUCGCAUCAGAGCGCAUUUUUCCAAACCAUUGAAACUUUUUCUGCUCCAUAUUGUGCUAGAAACGGUGCUUCACAGCUUUUAUAUUGAAUCAACAGUUUAUUUUUGUUGCUAUAGAAUUUUUCCUUUAUACAUAUGUUCCCUUCCCCUCCCCCUCUUCCCAACUAUGAAAUUAUUGAUUUUUCAAAAAAUCAUACUGUGUGAGUACUGUAUUCGUUUCGUUGUUUCUGAGAUUCUAAGCCUUAUCGAGUGUCUUCGCGGUGAACCGGAUCGCUGUCUUAGUGCUUAAGACUCUAGUCAACGUUCACUCCGUUCAAAAAUAGCUGAGCAAAGUUUUUAUUUUAUCGAUUUACUUGUAUAUAUGAGUUAAUAAAGUAUUGCCACUUGUU